AUGGCGACAGUGCCACUUGGGAUUUUAACACAAACCCAAAAGUUAGGUAAUCUGUACAAGAGAGCUCUUCGCAAUUUAGAGUCGUAUUACGAUAGACGACAUGUGUACCGUUUCCAAGCAGUGCUGUUGCGGGAAAGGUUUGACAAGAUUGCUGCCUUAAAAGACCAACGUGAGUUUAACCGUCGUUUACAGGAAGAAGAAGAAGCUUUAUUUGCCAUCAUACACCCAAUACCUAAGAAGUUUGCUUUAAGCCCGGGUGGAGUUGCAUACCAGCGAGUUGUGACACCUCCGGACUGGGUGUUGGACUACUGGCAUCCCCUUGAAAAGGCACAGUACCCAGAAUAUUUCAAGCGAAGGGAAGAGCGUAAGAAAGAAUUCGUUGCCAUGUGGGAAAAGGAAUUUGGCAAAGAUGAAACAAAAGAUAAACAUCAUUAA